CAGCAUCUUCUGGAAGCGCAACCCCCUCAGCUAUUACAUGUGACCAGACAUUGCCCAUUUUACAGAUUGCUGUCUUUACCUUCGCUACAGUUGAUUCUCUGGACGGUCAAAGUCAUCAACGGACGUUGGAAUAGCUGCGCCUCUCGUAUUAGGACACUCGGGAGUCCGCAUCCACUGCCACCAUAGCAUCCGUGACGUGCGGCUCCGCUACCACGCGACCUGUUCCCCUUCCACUCCCACACCUUUCUGUCUUCUUGAUCCCUACAUCCAACGCACCUCAUGAUGGGCAAAGGCUCCUCCAAGACCAGCACAAAAGUGCUCCCACUCAUCCCUCUCGCGCCACCCCUUGCCGUCCUUCCCGGCACCACGCUCAAGAUCCCCAUUACGAACCGAGCCGAUGUCGCCGCCAUCCUAGCGAAGAUAUACAGCAUCAGUCCGACAGCGAAGCCAGAUGCGGCGAUUAUGGUGGCCUGCGUGCCGCUGAACUCGAAUAGUCUUGGGCCAGAUGGCCAGUUGCUGAUUGAAGAUGCGUCCCACGGGGACAAGACUGUGUAUGAGAGCGACCCUAUCCAAGCGACCAGGAAGGACAUUUAUGGGUAUGCAUGUGUGGCCAAGGUUAGCGGAGUUCAAGGCCGGAGACAGGGCGACUUGAGUCUCGUUGUUGAGGGGCUGGAGAGGGUGAGAGUGGUGGAUGUUGUGCAGGAGCGGCCAUACUUUGAGGGCGAGCUGGCGGCUGUGGAUGAGCUCGUCAACAUUGUAGACCCAGAGCUUCUGGAGCAGUUCAAUCUACUCAAGCAGCUGUCGCGCGAACUGCUUGCUCUCGUACGUCUCUCUGCGAUACUCCCACGCACACCGACAGUUACACUCUCGCCCAUUGUCGCACGGAGACUCGAACUAUACAUCACAAGGAAAGACCUGUCGGAAGCGGGAUCACUGGCAGACUUCAUGGCGAAUGUGGUCGAUUGCACGCAUGAAGAGAAGCUGCGCGUCCUGGCGUCUGUUGACCCUAGAGAGCGAGUUGACAGGGUCAUAGAAAUACUUCAACGCCAAAUCAGCAACAUCCAGGGCAGCACACGGAUAACAGUUACCACCACACAAUUGCCCAGUGGCAGCUUCGACAUCGACCAAUUGCGACGGUUGCAACAAGAAGCGCUGGUGCGAAGAGGAAAGGCGGGCAAUGGCCUACCUAGCGGUUUUCCAGGCGGCUUCCCAGGAGGUGGUCAACAGCAAGCUGGAGAAGAAGAAGCAAAUGAGCUUGAGGAGCUCAAGAAAAGACUACACGAUGCCCAGUUAUCACCCGAUGCCGACAAGGUGGCUCAACGGGAGCUCCAGAGACUACAAAAGAUGAAUCCAGCACAGGCUGAAUACCAGGUUUGCAGAAAUUACCUUGAAAACCUCGCUGAGAUACCGUGGACGAAGACGACCGUUGAUCAGUUGGACGCGGGAACACUGGUUAAGGCGAAGAAGCAGCUCGAUGACGACCACUAUGGCCUGGACAAGAUCAAAAAGAGGUUAUUGGAAUACCUGGCGGUGCUGAAGCUGAAGGAACAGGCGAAUCAGAGUAUCGAUGAUCAGAUCCGCGCUCUGACCGAGACGCCUGAAGGUGAAGAAGUGGAGGCAAAAGAGGACGAAAAUGAAGUGAAGGUCACAAGGGAGCCUUCAGAGGCAGAGUUACGAUUGCUAGAGAAGAAGCGUAUGGUCGACAAGUCGCCCAUCCUACUCCUCGUCGGACCUCCAGGAACCGGAAAGACAUCGCUCGCCAAAUCGGUUGCCAUAGCGCUGGGUCGCAAGUUCCACCGCAUCUCGCUCGGUGGUGUCCGUGAUGAGGCUGAGAUCCGUGGGCAUCGUAGGACCUAUGUCGCGGCUAUGCCCGGUCUUGUUGUCAGCGGGUUGAAGAAGGUUGGCGUUGCGAACCCAGUCUUCUUGCUUGAUGAGAUUGAUAAACUGGGCAUGUCGAACCACAAUGGCGACCCAAGCGCGGCGAUGCUCGAAGUCCUUGACCCUGAGCAGAACCACACCUUCACAGACCACUAUGUCAAUAUUCCUAUCGAUUUAUCGAAGGUGCUCUUUAUUGCAACGGCGAACUCGCUCGACACAAUACCGCCGCCGCUUCUCGACCGCAUGGAAACCAUCCAACUCUCCGGUUACACCACCCUCGAAAAGCGCCACAUUGCCUCUAAGCAUCUGAUACCAAAGCAAAUCACCACCAAUGGCUUGAAUCAAGAGAAUCUCAGCAUCCCUACGGACGUCCUCGACAAGAUUAUUACAUCUUAUACCCGCGAAUCCGGCGUCCGCAACCUAGAGCGCGAAAUUGGAUCUGUAUGUCGCUCCAAAGCCGUUGAAUACGCCACGGCAAAGGACACCAACACACUCGCUGCAUACAGUCCCACCGUCACACUAGAAGACCUCGACGCAACCCUGGGUAUCGAAAAAUUUGCUGAAGAACUCACAGAGCAGCAGUCUCGUCCCGGCGUCAUCACCGGUCUCGUCGCGUACUCAACAGGCGGCCAAGGCUCCAUUCUUUUCAUUGAGAUUGCAGACAUGCCCGGCACAGGGCGCGUGCAAUUGACCGGCAAGCUCGGCGACGUAUUGAAGGAGAGUGUAGAAGUAGCAUUGACCUGGGUCAAAGCCCACGCCUUUGAACUAGGCCUAUCCGCCUCCGAGGACGAAGAUAUCAUGAAAAGCCGCUCCAUCCACGUCCACUGCCCAUCUGGCGCUAUCCCCAAGGAUGGCCCUUCGGCCGGCCUCGCUCACACCGUGGCACUCAUCUCUCUCUUCAGCGGCAAGCCUGUUCCGCCCACCUUGGCCAUGACGGGCGAAGUCUCCCUUCGCGGUAGGGUCCUGCCGGUCGGCGGCAUCAAGGAGAAGUUGAUUGGAGCGCUGAGGGCGGGGGUCGAGCGGGUUCUUCUUCCAGAGGGCAACAGGAAGGAUGCGAGGGAUUUGCCGAAUGAGGUCAAACAGGGGCUGAAGAUUGAGUUUGUGGGACACAUUUGGGAGGCGUUGGGACUGGUGUGGCCCGAGAGGUGGGAGGGCCGGGGUGCAGCGGGAAGUUGGGAGAGUAGGCUGUAAAUAUUGGUGGUACACGAGAUGUUGGGUACAUAUGUUUUGUGUAUAGGUGUUGAGUCUGGAUAGGGCGUUAUCGUCUUGUGAUUUUAGCGAUCUGCAUUCGUUCUUUAUCAUCUCAAAUGCCAUCAUUAUUCUUGGAGUCUG